AUGUCGAAAAAAGGCGGCCAGUCAGCAGCCGCGGCGGCUUCGACGCUAGUCAAGCUGCUUGUGCCAGCUGGUAAAGCCAGUGCCCAACCGCCCGUUGGGCCUGCACUUGGUGCGAAAGGUGUAAAAGCUAUGGAUUUUGCAAAAGAAUUCAACGCACGAACAGGACACUUUGAACCUGGGAUACCGAUCCCGACCAUCGUGACCAUUGCGCCUGAUCGCACAUUCACAUUUUCAACCAAGACUCCACCAACUUCCCUCCUCCUCAAACGCGCAGCAGGUAUUACCACCGGCUCCGGCAAGGCAGGUCACGAGCUGCGCGGGACUAUAUCGCUAAAGCACAUAUACGAGAUUGCAAAAAUCAAGCUUGGGGACGCACCAGCUGCGAGUAGCCCUAGUGGGGCGACGACUGCUGCUGCUGGGGGUGCUCAAGGAGAAGCAGUGGCGACGUUGGGCGAGGAGCAGAUGUGCAAGGUCGUCUUGGGCAGCGCCAGAAGUAUGGGAAUCCGAAUUGUUCGGUGACUGGUUUGCGCAGGUCACUCAGACAGCCUUUGUAUCAUCACUGUUUUGUUCUGUUGCUUGCAG